CAUCUACUGCUCUUGAUCGAGCUAAAAGGGGGGAAAGGAAACCUUCUUUCUCCAAUUUGGUACUUCACUCUCAAAUCAAAUCCCUACCUAGAAUGAUUUCUUGGUGACUUGCCUAAAACUAAAAACUAAGGCCUCGCCUCUUCCCGUGAUCUCUCUGUUUCCUUCUUUACUGCCUUUUCCUCUCUGCUCUUCUUGUGGUUUUCACUGUGCUUCCUUCGUUUGUUAUUCUUCUUUCCCUUCAUUUUCUCCAUUUAAUAACGACAAGUAGCUUUCUCUUCCCUUCCUUUCCUUUCCCACCCACCGUCCCUCAUCCUCAUUGCAUUGUGAAACCCUCAUUCACAGAGAAAACAUUCCCACUGUCUCGACACCAGGAAAAAAAGAAGAAAAUGAAUAGUCAUGGCGGCGGCUGCUUCACUCUCCUCUUCCUCUUCUGCAUCUCUGUUGCUUCCAUGGCGUUGGAGACGAACCCAUUUACCCCCAAGGCGGCUCUGGCUCGAUACUGGAACAAGGAGAUCCGGAGCGGCGGCCUGCCCACCUCCCAAUUCCUACUCUCCAAGGCUUCCCCCAUGACCGCCGUCCAGUCCGCCACUUUCGCCAAGCUCGCCGCCCAGAGCGCCCUCUCCACCCAGCUCCCGGCCUUCUGCUCCGCCGCAGGGCUCCUCUGCUUCCCUGAUUUGUCCCCCAGCCUCGAGAAGCACGACAAGGACUCCAACUUCGCCGUCUACUCCGACAAGAACUUCACCAAUUACGCCACCGGGAGCGCGGGAGGGCUUGACUCCUUCAAGAACUACUCCGACGGGGAGAACCUCCCCCUCGAUUCGUUCCGCCGCUACAGCCGCGACGCCGCCGGCCACAAUGAUAGCUUCGCCAAUUACGCCCCCGGCACCAAUGUCGCCGACCAGAGCUUCAACACCUACGGCGCCGGGGCCACCGGCGGGGAGGGCAAGUUCACCGGUUACAAUGAGCAGAUAAAUGUGCCGAAUCUCAAGUUCACAUCUUACGCGGACGAGGGCAACGGCAGGUCCCACGACUUCACGAACUACAACAAGGAUUCCAACUCCGGCAACCAGGGGUUCACGAGCUACGGCAAGAACGCGAACGGGGCUCCGAAUGAGUUCGCCGGGUACGGGGAGAACGCGAAUGUAAUCGGGUCGGGUUUCACCAACUACGGGGAGACGGGCAACGGGGCCAACGACACGUUCACGUCGUACGGGUUCAACGGGAACGUCCCCCAGAACAAUUUCAGGAGCUACGGCGACGGAGGGAACGGCGGCGUCGAUGGGUUCGCUUCCUACAGGGACCAAUCGAACGUCGGCGACGAUUCUUUCCAGUCGUACGCGAAGAAUUCCAACGCCGCCAAGGUCAAUUUCGGCAAUUACGGGAAGUCGUUCAACGAAGGGACGGACAAAUUCUCCGGGUACGGGCAGGGCGGAGUCGGGCCGAAGAUCGGGUUCAAGGGCUACGGAGUGAACAACACCUUCAAGGACUACACCAAGUCCUCCGGCGCCGUCACCUUCGCCGGCUACACGAACCGGAGCUCGUCGUCGGAGAUGAAGGUGAGCGGCAGUUUGGUAAAUAGGUGGGUCGAGCCGGGCAAAUUCUUCCGCGAGGCGGAGCUGAAAAAGGGGAACGCGAUGCCGAUGCCGGACAUCCGCGACAGGAUGCCGAAAAGGUCGUUUCUGCCCCGCACCAUAAUCUCGAAACUGCCCUUCGCCACGUCACACAUCGGCGAGCUGAAGCGGAUCUUCCACGCCGACGACAACUCGACGAUGGAAGCGAUGAUCGCGAACUCGCUGAGCGAGUGCGAGCGCUCGCCGAGCCCCGGGGAGACGAAGCGGUGCGUGGGGUCGGCGGAGGACAUGAUCGACUUCGCGACGUCGGUGCUGGGGCGGCGCGUGGAGCUGCGGACGACGGCGAACGUGGAGGGUGCGAAGCGGAAGAUCUUGAUCGGGGCGGUGAAAGGGAUCAACGGUGGAGAAGUCACGAAAUCCGUGUCUUGCCACCAAAGCCUGUACCCUUACCUACUGUAUUACUGCCACUCGGUUCCGAAAGUCCGGGUCUACGAAGCGGAUAUUCUCGACCCGAGCAGCAAGGCCAGGAUCAACCACGGGGUUGCCAUCUGUCACGUUGACACGUCAUCGUGGAGCCCGACCCACGGAGCGUUCAUGGCUCUGGGCUCGGGUCCGGGUCGGAUCGAGGUCUGCCACUGGAUAUUCGAGAACGACCUGACUUGGACCAUUGCUGACAACUGAUUCAAGGAAGUUGGGUCGGGUCGGAUCUUAUUUGGGUUUGAGCCAUUCGCUCAGACAACUGCUGCAGCCCAGAUGGUCAAAUGGCUGAAGGGGAAAGUGCUUUUUAAUUUUAUCUUUAUUUUUACAUAUUUUUAAUCGAGUUUCUUAAGCCUAAGAUAAGGGAGGCUCGCUGGUGUUUAGUUUGGGAGGAAACUUAUUAUUAUUAUGAUUAUGAUAUGAUUAUAUGAAUGAAUGAAUCAUGAUUUAUUGUGAUCAUAAUAAUAAUUAUUAUCAUGAAAU